AUGUUCAGUGAACCGGACGAAGUUGAGACCGCGAUCCUUGAGGAUUUCGGUGAUGCGUCAGAAUUGAAGCGUUUGGAAGCUCUCUACUUCCGGCAGCAAGAGCGAAUGGAAAAUGAUCCUAAAGUUCGAUGGGAUUACGCCAUUAGUUUGGUGCGCUCGAAAUACAUGGCUGACAUCAAAAGCGGGCGCAGAAUGAUGGAAGAAAUCAUGGCCGACCCGGCUAAUGAAGAAAUUCAAAUCGACUGCUUGUACUUUUUAUCGCUGGCAUGCGCUAAGCUGAAGGAUUACAAAGAUGCCUUACAGUAUGUUCGAGAGCUGCUUCGAAGAAAACCGAAUCACAUGCAAGCUGUGCAGUUGGAGCGGAUAAUUUCUGGAAGGCUUGAAAGAGAGGGAAUGAAAGGGAUGGCGAUCCUUGGUGGCGCUGCAAUGGGAAUCGGUGCUUUGAUCGGUCUUGGCGUUGCUCUGGCCCGCAGGAAGUGA